AGCGGUUCUAUGGCAUGUGGGGCCCAACGCAUGGUGAUGUUCUUAUCAAACUACCAUGUCUGAUCUACGAUUGGGUGAGUUUGUAGGCUCAUUGGAUUGCGGAACAACGUCUGUUCGAUUUAUUGUCUUCGACCAGUAUGCAAACAUCAUCGCCCAACACCAACUGGAAUUUCCUCAAUAUUACCCAGCUCCUGGGUGGCACGAGCAUGAUGCCAAUGAGAUACAGCAGGUUUCCAAUGAAUGCAUCGCAGAAGCUUGCAGGAAAUUAGAAGAAGCCCAAUGGGCGAAAGAGAGCAUCAGAGUAAUUGGCGUCACCAACCAAAGGGAAACGACUGUCGUCUGGAGUCGCAGCACCGGAAGGCCACUAUGUCGGGCUAUCGUUUGGACUGAUUCCCGUACGAAGAACAUCGUCGCGCACUUUGAAAAGAUACUUGCUGCAACUGGGAUUGAAAUUGAGACUGGUCAGUUCAGGAAGGGGGUUGAUGGGGUUGAGGCAUUACGAGAAAUCACCGGACUCGGCCUUUCGACCUACUUUUCGGCGAUCAAGCUUCGGUGGAUGAUUGACAACGACGACGAUGUGAAGAGGGCAUACGAAGCAGACAACUUGCUCUUUGGAACGGUAGAGUCGUGGAUCGCAUAUAAUCUAACGGGUGGAGCUAGCGGCGGUAUUCAUGUUGGUGAGGUGACUAACGCGUCUCGGACGCUUUUGAUGAAUCUUCGCACCUUACAAUGGGACGAUCGCCUCCUCAAGUUCUUUGGCUUCAGACCAUCGAUUCUUCCUAAGCUGGUGUCGUCCUCCGAAGUAUACGGUCACGUAGCCAGUGGUCCUCUUAAAGGCGUACCUAUAGGAGCGUUGAUUGGUGAUCAACAAGGCGCACUUGUCGGAAACAAGUGUUUUGGGCAAGGGGAGGCGAAGUGCACUUAUGGGACGGGUGCCUUUUUGUUGUUUUGCACGGGAAAUGAUAUCGUAAAGAGUAGUCACGGGCUGCUGAGCACCGUGGCGUAUCAGCCUGGCCCUGGCGCUGCGCCAGUGUACGCCGUAGAAGGGAGCAUUGGUGUUGCUGGAGCUGCCAUCAAAUGGUUACGAGAUUCAAUGGGCUUUAUUAAGUCUGCGGAAGAAAUAAACACACUUGCUGUUUCCGUUCCAGAUACCGGAGGCGUCUAUUUUGUGCCAGCGUUCUCCGGGCUUCUUGCACCCUACUGGGAUCCCGGGGCAGCUGGAUUGCUUAUUGGGCUGUCGGCUUAUACAACUCCCGCACACAUUGCUCGGGCAACAACGGAAGCAAACGCUUUCCAGACAAGAGCCAUCCUCGAAAGCAUGAAGUUAGACUCUAAGACAGACCUCAAACAUCUGAAAGUAGACGGGGGAAUGACGAAUGGAGAUGUCUGCAUGGAGGUAUUAGCAGACGUUGGCGGGUUUGAAGUUGUUAGGCCAGAAAUGAGAGAGUCUACGGCACUUGGAUCGGCCCUACUGGCUGGGGCCUCCAUCCACUUGUUUGGAUGGGAUUCGUCCGACCCUCGCACAUUUGCUCAAGUAAAUACCAAGGGAAGUAAGACAUUCCUACCUAGGUUGUCAGAUAAGGAGAGAGAGCGAAGGUGGUUGGUGUGGCUGUGUGCUGUUGAGCGGUCCAAAGGAUGGGAAAAAGGAUCCGACGAAUAAUUUACAACUGUUAAUACCUGAAACCGGUACAGGCUUCCUACAGAUUCCAACAGUAUGAAGCAUUCAUGCCAGUAGGUUUAAGUCAGUUUAUUCUGGA